AACGUAAAAUUGUUCUUUUUAUCCAGAAACAAAAGCAUAUCAUUGGACGGAUGACGUCGAUAAUAAAUUCCAUAAAGAGCAAUAAUCCAAUUAUAAACCAAAAAAAAAUUAUUACUAUGAAAAAAAGGAAAGUAUUAUCGUUAAUCACAAAAUUUGCCACCAAAAAAUGAAAUAAUUAAAUGACCUCCUACGUGGUGGCUACUGGGUUGAUGGGUUGCGGUGAUCUGUCGGCUGUUGCCUAAUUCAUCUAUUCUUUGUCUCUUCUUCGUCUUUCUCUCUCUACCCUCUCUCUUUCUCUUUCUUCUUCGAUCGAUCUCCAGAUCUUCGAAUUUAAUCGGAUGAUUUGUUUGAAGAGUUUGAUCAAUGUGGAUUGAUUUCGUGGUGUAAUUGGGGAUAAUUUAUUUGAGGAGUUUGUGAUAGAAAUUGAGCGUAAAUUAAGUGAUUUGGGAUUGAUUUUAGGGUUUGUUUUUGUUUUAAUAAGGAUUUGAUUGAUGGCGUCACCUCCAUUUACAAUGGAGGAUCAGACGGAUGAGGAUUUUUUUGAUAAGUUGGUGGAUGAUGAGGUUGAUGACGGUGGAUUUGAACCUAGGUCUUUGAAUAAUGUAGGGAGUAAUGAUGAGCAAGCGUUUGCGAAAUUGAGUAUUGAUGAAGUCAGUGCUGCCCCUGCCACUGGCACCACCGUAGAUAGCUUAGAUAAUGUAGGUAGUGUUGAAGGAGAUUGUAGUGAAAAGGGUGGGGAUGGUGAUGGAAAGGUGGAAGAGUUUUGUGUCGAGGGUGGUGAUGGUGGUGUCACUGGAGUUUUUGAAGCAGUGGAUCGAGAGUCUAGUGACCUUGUUGUCGGGGGAGAUAGUGAAUCUGAUUCGAGGGUUUGUGGGAAGGGUGCAAAUGCCGGUGUGGGGGUUAAAGAAGUGCAAUGGAGUGCACUUAGUGAUGUUACACAUCAGGUUUCAUAUGCGGAUUUCUUUGAUCAAAUAGGAGAUGGUUCAGAGGAUCCUUUUAGUGAAGUGACCGAUGGUUUAAUGGUUGCAUCAGGGAGUUUGGACAGUGUUUCAUCUAAUCAAGCUACCUGUUCAACUUCAUAUAGUCUUGUGCAUAAUGGAGAAGAUACACAGCAUGCUUCGUCUAUGGUUACAUCAGGUUCUUUGGACAGUGUUUCGUCUAUUCAAGCUACUAGUCCUAGUGCACAUAGUUUUGGGCAUAAUGGAGUUGAUAUGCAACUUGCUCCGUCUAUGAUUUCACCAGGCACUUUGGAUGGUGUGUCAUCUAAUCAAGCUACUUCUUCAGAUUCAUAUAGUCUUGUGCAAAAUGGAGAAGCUACGUCGCAUGCUUUGUAUGCAGAAAGUGAACAAGGGAUGCCAGACCAAUAUAGUGUUCAAUAUUGGGAGAGCCUAUAUCCAGGUUGGAAAUAUGAUCCGAAUUCUGGACAGUGGUUCCAGGUUGAUGCUUCUGGUGCCAAUGGUCUGUCUACAUAUGAGGGGGCUGCUGCCAAUCUGAUAUCUGAUGUUUAUUCUCCUCAGCAGACAGCUCGUGUUGUAUCUGGGAGUAUGCCCGAGGAAAGUACAGCAGGCACCUCUGCUUGUUGGGAUCCGGCUGCUUUUGGAAACAUUGAGUAUCCUGCACACAUGAUUUUUAAUCCACAAUAUCCUGGUUGGUAUUAUGAUACAAUUGCACUAGAAUGGAGAUCACUAGAGUCUUAUAUUUCAUCGACCAACCAGUCAAAUAUAUUGGAUCAAAACCGACAAAUGUCUUAUGGGAGUGCUAGUACAGUUAAUUACUACCCUGAACAAAAUAUAACCUAUAGUCAGGGUGAACAAGUCCAUAACAAUCCUUACCAAUUAAAGCAGCCAGUGCAUUGGAGUGAUUCUGGGAAGGACACUUUGAAUAUGAUGCAACCUGUUAAUAGUGAGGCCUUCAGUUCUACUGGAAACACACAAUAUGGAAAUGGAUUUAUAUCGAAUGGUGUUGCUAAUUACCCAACAGACCAUAGAGUAGGUGCUGCUCCGUAUGAAAAAUCCUUACUAAAUGAACAAUCAAGACAGUUUUUUGAUAACAGUAAUGAGGUUAACAGAUCUCAAGAUGUUGGAAUUGGUGAAACUGGUUUCCCAAACUUUGUUUCUGCUGGAAACUCUCAGCCAUACAAUAAUCAUUUUAAUGCAUCUGAUCAACAGUUCUCUGCUACUGGCUUUAAUGGUCCAAAUAUCCUCAAUUUUACUCAGCAGCCACUUCAAAAUGGCAAAUUAUCCUAUCCUUCCAGUGAGGGGAGGUCACCAGAUGGACGACCUCCACAUGCCCUGGUCUCUUUUGGAUUUGGCGGAAAACUUAUAGUCAUGAAGGAUCAGAGUAGUUUAUUUACACAACCAGCAUAUGCAAGUCAGGACUCAGCAGGAGGUGUCAUCAGUGUUCUGAAUGUGAUGGAAGUAGCCAUGCCGAAGAAUGAUGGUUCAGAUGUUGGAAUUGGUUGUGAAUAUUUUCAUACUCUAUGCCAGCAAUCGUUUUCAGGCCCACUGGUUUCAGGCAAUGUUGGAAGCAAAGAGCUGAAUAAAUGGAUUGAUGACAGAAUUGCAAGUGGUAACACCCCAGAUGCAGACUACAGGGAUGGUGCAGCUAUAAAAAUGCUUCUCUCUUUGUUGAAAAUAGCGUGUCAAUAUUAUGGGAGGCUACGGUCAGCUUUUGGGACUGACCAUAAUGUGAAGGAAAAUGAUUCCCCAGAGACAGAAUUGGCAAAGCUUUUUUCAUCUGCAAAGAGAAAUAGUGCACAGUUCCCUGCCAUCUCCCAGUGCUUGCAGAACAUGCCUUCCGAGGGACAGAUGAAGGCAACGACUGAAGAAGUGCAAAUGCUUCUUGUAUCUGGUAGAAAGAUGGAGGCUCUUCAAUGUGCACAGAAUGGUCAUUUGUGGGGACCAGCUAUUGUUAUUGCCACUUUGCUUGGUGAACAGUUUUAUGGUGAAACCGUGAAGCAAAUGGCUCUUCACCAGUUGGUAGCUGGAUCUCCUCUGAGGACUUUGUGUCUCUUAAUUGCUGGACAGCCUGCUGAAGUAUUUUCCACUUCCAUUCCAAGCAGCGCACAAAAUGGAGUUAAUGCUAACUUAUCAGGGGUUGGGCCUGGUGGUAUGCUAGAUGAUUGGAAAGAGAAUCUGGCCAUGAUAAGUGCUAACAGGACAAAAGGUGAUGAGCUUGUAAUCACUCACCUUGGGGAUUGCCUCUGGAGAGAGAAGGAUGAGGUGACAGCAGCUCAUAUCUGUUACUUGGUUGCUGAAUCUAACAUUGAGUCGUAUUCAGAGAGUGCUAGACUUUGCCUUGUUGGUGCAAAUCAUUUGAAAUAUCCAAGAACUUAUGCCAGUCCUCAGGCGAUUCAGAGAACAGAGUUAUAUGAAUAUGCUAAGGUGCUUGGAAACUCUCAAUGUGUACUGCUUCCAUUUCAGCCAUAUAAGCUUUUAUAUGCUUGUAUGUUGGCAGAAGUUGGAAAAAUGUCAGAUUCUUUGAAAUACUGUCAAGCAGUUUUGAAGUCUGUGAAAACUGGUAGAUCACCAGAGGUUGAUGCGUGGCGACAUAUGGUAUCUUCUCUUGAAGAGCGGAUAAAAAUCCAUCAGCAGGGUGGUUAUGCAACCAAUUUUGGUCGAGCAAAACUGGUGGGUAAAUUGCUGAACUUCUUCGAUAAUACUGCUCAUCGGGUUGUUGGAGGCUUACCACCACCUACACCUUUAACAUCACAAAAUAAUAGCCAACACAGUGAGAAUGAUAAUCAGUCAAGGGGGCCACGGGUCUCUAGUAGUCAGUCCACAAUGGCUAUGUCUUCAUUAAUGACAUCUACAUCAGCUGAUGGCAGCAAUCGAAUGUCAAUGCAUAAUAGAAGCAUGUCAGAGCCUAACUUUGGUAGAGCACCAGGAAAGGAUGAAUCACCAAAAUCAAGCUCAUCUAGUCCACGUGAUCAUACAUCAGUGUCAGGCAGUUCCUCUCGCUUUGGUCGUUUUGGUUCACAGAUAUUCCAGAAGACCGUUGGCUUGGUGCUAAAAUCUCGUUCUGAUCGUCAGGCCAAGCUGGGGGAGUCGAAUAAGUUCUAUUAUGAUGAAAAACUUAAGCGCUGGGUUGAAGAAGGUGCUGAACCUCAAGCUGAGGAAAUGACCUUGGCUCCACCUCCAACAACUACUGCGUACAUGAAUGGAAUGCUAGAUCACAGCAAAAAAGACGAAUCCGUUAGUGCGACAGUUCAUGCAAAUGGGGAACCUGAAUAUAAAUACUCAAAUUUCAAUGGAAAGGGUGCUGAGUUACCACCCAUUCCGUCUGGUUCGAAUCAUUUUUCAGCUCGUGGGAGAAUGAGUGUUCGAUCAAGGUAUGUGGAUACGUUCAACAAAGGUGGAGGAACUCCAGCAAACUCAUUCCAAGCACCGUCACCUCUUGUUCCAGCUAUAAAACCUGCUAUUGGUAAUCCCAACUUUUUUAUCCCUACUCCAGUUCCUGGAGUACAAGAAACUGACAGUACCCAAAGUACACAACAAACUUUUGUUAUGGAUGACAAUGCUACCACAUCUAAAAGUCAUGAUUCAUUUUCAUCACCUCAAAUGUUUUCACCACAGUCAACAAUCCACCGGAAUUCAAGCAUGGACAAGGGAGCGGGAAGCAUGAUAAAUAGCAAUGGUUCUUUACCUUCAAAUACAAGGCGAACAUUAUCAUGGGGCGAAGGCCUUGAUCUGUCAAAUCAUACUGGAAUGAAUGAAUCAAGAUCUCCAGGGUCAUCUGGUUUUCCACAAUCUACCUAGUAUGCUCUAUGAAACCAUUUACUUCAGAUAAUACCGGUGGGACAGAAGAGCUUCACAAAGUCUAGCUUCAAAAUGAUGUGGCCAAAUUUGUAUAUUUCAGUAUAGUAUGGCAGUUCGUCCCCUUUUUGACCUUGGUGAAAGUGGUGAGCAUUAUAGUAUGAACUAUAUACAGGUCGGAGGGGUGAUGAUAAGGCUAACUUCAGACAAGUUUGUGGGUUUCAUAAACAGAUUAUGCAGAUCAUGUAGUAGCUGCCUCUGUCAUUUGUGGUAUACAAUCCCCGAGAUCUUUUGAGUUCGGGGGAAAGGAGGUGAGGAUUUUGACAUUGUUGUACAGAUAAAUUUGUUGAUUUACUGGGAAAAGAUCGCUGCAAGAAAGAGUGGUGAGGUGUCAAAGUAAAGCUCCUCCCGAUGCAUUCAUAGGGGAAAUUUCACUCAAGAGAAACUACAUACUGCAUAAAGAUAUCUUUGUUAUUUUGUUGUAUAUUCCCCCAUUUUGUUACAUCACACGGGUACAUGAAUACACUAUACAUGUUCUGAAUGAGUAAAUGACGUCUCCUUGAUAAAUGAGGAGUACAUUUGUUUGUCUUU